AUGGAGAUCAAUGUUGUGCGUUUUUCUGAUGACUAUUGGGCGAUUCCGGAGGAGGAGACAGCACAUCUGGACUUUGGGCCCCGCGAAGCUAUUUUUCAGAAGCCCAAAGAUUCGGAUAACCACUUGAAGGCUCUCUACGUGAGGGGGCACAUCAACGGGAAGCCAGUUUCUCGUAUGCUUGUGGAUAGUGGGGCAAUUGUGAACUUGAAGCCAUAUUCACUCUACAAGAAGCUUGGCGGGACGGACGAAGAGCUCAUGAAGACAAACAUGACGCAUCGCUUCAUGUUGGUUGCUACGGAUUACUUUACUAAGUGGACCGAAGCGGUUCCUUUGAAGAAUAUGACACACCAGGAGGUAAUUGAGUUUAUUACAGAGCAUAUUAUUCAUAGAUUCGGUAUUCCUCAAACUUUGACAAUGGAUCAAGGUUCAUCUUUUAUUGCAAUGGAGGUACGUGAUUUUGCCAAAUCUUACAAGAUUAAGAUACUCAAUUCAUCUCCAUAUUAUGCUCAGGCCAAUGGUCAGGCUGAGUCUAGUAAUGAAAUCUUGAUAAAGCUCAUCAAGAAGAAGAUAGAAGAGAAUCCCAGGAGGUGGUAUGAGGUUCUAUCUGAGGCAUUGUGGGCUCAUCAUAUAUCUAGACAUGGUGUUACUAAAGUUACUAUUUUCGAGCUUGUUUAUGGUCAAGAGACCGUUUUGCCUGUUGAGGUGAAUCUGGACGCUUAUAGAUUGGCUAAACAAAACGACAUUUCUGCUAUUGAUUACUAUAAUUUGAUGAUGGACAAUAUGGAUGAAGUAAGCGACAAGCGGAUGCAAGCUUUGAAGGAAAUUGAGAAGGCCAAGCUUCGAGUGGUUAGAGCUUACAACAAGAAGGUAAAAGAAAAAUCUUUUCAGGUUGGUGAGCUGGUUUGGAAGACAAUAUUGCCUCUUGGGACAAAAAGCAAUAAGUUCGGCAAGUGGUCGCCAAGUUGGGAAGGACCGUUCAAAAUUGUCAAAGUUAUCUUCGGGAAUUCUUAUAUGGUGGAGACGAUGCAAGGAGAGUGUCUUCCAAGGGUUCUUAAUAGGAGAUACUUGAAGAAAUACUAUCCCAACGUGUGGCAAGAUGCUUGA